AUGCAUUUCCAGUCGCUCUGUGUCGUCCUCCUUGGAGCCAUCUAUGUCACAGCGCAUUUUGUGAGUCCCUUCGCUGACGGUUUGGAACGCUGGUUGACGAUAGUGCCCCCACUCAAGGCCGACGCAGAAGAAGGCAUCUCCGCCCGUGAACUUGGUCUCGACAACGACUGGUUCGAGGCAAGAGAAUUCUAUGUCGAGGACCUCGUUCUCCGUGAAGACAUUUUAAGCCAGUUCAGCACUCGAGAACUCCUUGAAGAGAUUUAUAUUAGAGGGAAUUCUAAAGGCGACGAUGAGGAUAAGCUUCCUACUACGGCUGGCCCUGAUGGCAGUCCCCUCCCCUGGCCAAUCACACAGUCGAGUUCUUCCCCCCCAGCGGCAACUCCACGUUCGGGUCGUCGAUAA